GAGCAGAUUAAAUCACCAAAGCGGGCAACCUCGUGAUGAGCCAAUAGGCACUCUGUUGCCUGCAUUUCCAUGUUUCCAUGUUUCCCCCACACAGGAUGGACGGCCCUCCACUGGGCUGCAGUGUUUAGUAAAGUUGAGUGUGUGUCUACCCUCAUCCCGGUCACGCCGCCCACCCCCGAGCUCCUGCAGGCCGCCGACGGACACACCCCGGUGCACCUCGCCAGCUUUGGUGGCCACGAGGCUGUGCUGAAGGCCCUGGAAAGGGUUGGCUGGCCUCUUUACGCAAUGGACGGCGAUGGCCUGACACCCCUGCACUGGGCUGUUAAGGCAGGGCGUCUGAACGUGGUCAGGUACCUGCUGGAUAAGGACACGGCGCCCAGUACGGGGGCCGAUGAUGACCUCACGCCGCUGGACUUGGCUAAGAGGCAGGGUAAAGACUUAGCAGCGAGGUGGCUGGCGAGGAGGAGCGGCGCGGUGCACGGGGACGCCGACCACAGCCUGAAUCCUGAGGUCACGUCCAGUGCCGGGGUGAACGCUGCAGCAAGUGACGACACGCUGCGGCCAGAGGACGUGAGGAGACUGCUUGGCUUCAGGGAAUGGCUGAUCGACGACUUCAAAGAGGAGACUUUGUCGAAGGCUUAG